AGUUGGUGAUCCUCUUGGGGACAAGUCAGGAGAGUUCCGUUCUUCGUCAGUGGCUGUAGACCCUGCAGCCGCGCGCCGUACAAUGACCAGUCAACGCGCCGGGAAACGCCCUGGCUACCAACCCGGAGACCUAAGCGACGACGAGGACACAGUGAGUGGGGAUGACGAUUUUCAAGCCCAGGCCCACAGAUAUGGAAACCCUACGCAGAAGAGGAAGAAGCUCUGCCGUGGAAAAGAAGAGCUUGAAGCCGAGUGUUCUGCAAGCUCUAUCGAUGCAGGGGCGGGGCCGAGCUGGGCAGGAGCGGCGGGGCCAAGCUGGUCGGACAACGAUGACUAUGCUGAGUUCAAAGUACAAGAGUGGGUUCACGAAGCGUCCCACCGAUCGACGUCAUCGGAAUCCAGGAGUUUCAAGAGCUCGAGUUGGACAAGUUUCUCGAGCAGUGGACGCUCCUCGAGUGGCCGCUCUUCAACAUCGUGGACUGCCUCCACGGAAUGACUGGCCUCCCGCUGUUGUGCUUCCCCGGCGGUCAAGCUCGGCCCCGUGCUUAGCUGGACGCCGUGACACCG